UUGUCCUUAGCUCCACCACCUGACGGGUAUCAAAGUCUGUCCCGGUCGACAGAUCCUGACCCACAGCUUCUCCCACAGAAUGGAGGACCCAGAACGCCCUGUCUUAACUAAUGGAGUGAAUGGACAUGCAGCAAGGAGGGAUGCCGGUUCUGAUUCCCACCCUGCCAGUGGGUCAGAGGGCUGCCCCGGGUGCAUGAGGCAGAUGAGCAGCUGGAUCCCUGCGGCUUAUGAAGUCGAGAUGGUUCAGAUCCUGAAACUAGCCGGGCCGGUGGUCAUUUCCCAGCUGAUGAUAUUCACUAUCAGUUUUGUUAGCACGGUUUUCUGUGGUCACCUGGGAAAGACCGAGUUGGGUGCUGUUGCGCUUGCUUUGUCGGUGAUCAAUGUCACUGGUAUCUCCAUUGGUUCUGGCCUGGCUUCUGCAUGUGACACUCUCAUAUCCCAGACCUUUGGCAGUGGUAAUUUGAAGCUUGUGGGGGUGAUUCUUCAGAGGGGGAUUCUCAUCCUGCUUCUUGCCUGUUUUCCCUGCUGGGCUCUACUCAUCAACACACGGCCCAUCCUAUUGGCUGUUAGGCAGAGCCCAGAGGUCGCCAGGCUCUCCCAGCUCUAUGUGAUGAUCUUCUUGCCAGCCCUGCCGGCUGCCUUCAUGUACAUGCUACAGGGGAGGUAUCUGCAGAACCAGGGAAUAAUUUGGCCUACAGUGGCAGUGGGACUGGUGGGGAACUUUCUGAACGCUCUCAUCAACUACUUGUUCCUCUUUGUCCUGGACCUAGGAGUCGCUGGCUCUGCGGGGGCCAAUGCCAUCUCCCAGUACUCCCUGGCUGUGCUACUCUACUGUUACAUUGUGAGCCAGGAUCUGCACAAAGCCACCUGGGAAGGCUGGUCAGCUGACUGUCUACAGGAGUGGGGACAAUUCAUCAAGCUGGCCAUUCCCAGUAUGCUGAUGCUUUGCUUGGAAUGGUGGACUUUUGAGAUCGGAGGGUUCCUAGCAGGUCUGAUCAGCGAGGUAGAACUGGGCGCCCAGUCUGUGGUUUACCAGUUGACUAUAAUAUUCUACAUGUUCCCACUUGGGUUCUCUGUAGCGGCCAGUGUGAGGGUGGGCACAGCGCUGGGUGCAGGGAACACUGAACAAGCCAAGCUGUCUGGAAAGAUUGCUGUUAUCUGUGGCGUGAUCGUGUCCUGUUUCGUGGCCAUGAUCAUCAUCCUCAGCAGAAAUGUGAUUGGAUAUAUCUUCACCACAGAACAGGACAUAGUCAAUAGGGUGGGUGACAUAAAUCUGGUGUAUGGAUUCUGCCAUCUGGUAGAUGGCAUCGUAUGUGUGGCAAGUGGUAUCGUGAGGGGAGCGGGGAAGCAGAUGAUUGGGGCGUGGUUAAAUCUGGUUGGCCACUAUCUCAUUGGUCUCCCCAUUGGAAUCUCCUUGACGUUUGCUACUAAGAUGGGCAUCUUGGGAAUGUGGACAGGUCUGUCCUUCUGUCUGUCAUUCCAGUCUGUGUUUUUCAUAGUGAUGCUCUGUAAAAUGGACUGGAUGAAGGCCACUCAAGAGGCUUUGGUGAGGGUAGGAGUUGAGCAUCUGAAGAAGAAAGAUGAGCAGAUUGGACUUGAAGACAAAGGUUGGUCGAAGGGCGUCCCUGAGGCCGCUGGGGGUCCAGGGGACGUGAAAAAGGAUGUGGACAGGACUGAUGGGGCUGAGGGUGGGGCUGAGGGCGGGGCUGAGGUUAAGGGGGGAGGUGAAGUGGAGGAACAGCCAGUGGGGUUGGUGUUAACUUUCAGGCAAGUCCUUCUUCGCCGUGGGCUGGCUGUUCUCGUCAUGUUCCUCAUCCUCACUGCUGGGAUUGUCCUCAGUGAGGUGUUCACCAAUCUGCUGAUGUAACCAGACUGUUACACACACACACAGACUCUCUCACACAACACAAACACACACAGACAGACUCUCACACAACACAAACACA